CCUGCAUUAUGAUGACUGGUAUGGAUGGCGUUUUGGGAUGGGUUAUGAUUGUGAUGAUUUGGUUUGGAUUAGCGGGUUUGGCCUUUGGGAAUACUUGACGGAAGGAUGGAGGAAUGCAGCGGGUCUGUUUCUUGUCUGGUGCUGUUGACGUUGCUGUUGCCGGAGGGCUGGCUACGGGGGCCUGGGGGUAUGCAUGUGAGGGUUCCCUUCGGAUCAUGAGCACGGAAUCAAGUUCUCUUUCUCUUACCCCCCGUACUCGUCCUCGUCCUCGUCCUCGUGCUGGAUGGUAACCCAGUAUAAUCUUCUGAAUGGGUAUAUGAAACACUUCUAUCCAACACGC